AAAUCCAAAGACAACGCAAGAAUUAGCCGCUGAUUCCACCCUAUUCCCCUCUUUCCUUCCGGUCUUCGUCGGACGGCAACCAUGGACAGUGGCAACGACGGCAACGAUAAUGGCGGCGGCGGGAUCCUGGAGGGGUACAGGCUCUGGAUGGGCGCGAGCGUGGCCGCGGCGUUCUUCAUCUCCAUGGAACGGUUCUCCUGCAUUCACAUCCACACCGUGGACGACGAGGAUGACUACGACCCUGAGGAGGCCAAGGAUCGCCCCCUCAUGCUCUCCCGCCCCCAGGCCCUCCCUGAGUACUACUACGACCGAUCUGGGUCCUCCGCGUCCUUCACCAAGAUGUGAACAGGUCCUGGCCCGUAUUGGGAUCGCAUUGCUAUUUCUUUGAUCUGUUUAUUGAUUAGAAUUUUUGUGUGUGUUGUUUUGUGAUUCAUUCAUCCGCGUCAUGAUCUGAUUGUGUCGUCGUGUGAGGUGUUCAAGAAAUAUAGCCCCGCAUUCUUCAUGCGUGAUUCGAACGGCCGAUUAAUCUUUCAAUUUUGUACCAUCUAUUCGCGGAUCUUCUAUUAAUUUGAUUCCAAGACGGUCAUAUUAA